ACCACUUCCGGAGGACAGUGAAGCACACACCUGAGCCGCCGAGACAUAUUGUCCUCUUCCUCACCUUUACUACGUUCUCCCUCAACUUUUUUCACUAAAAUGGUAACGAACGGUAGACGGAAAUGUUGCCACUCCAAGGUGUCGCUGGAAUGGAGUCUAGGCCUCUGAAUCGUCAUACUAUUAUGAACAACCCACUGAUGCGACACCCUAAUUAUCAGGCCCUGAACCAGCCAUCACAGUCCACUAGAUCCCCAAGGAUGCAGUCUCUAGCAGCUGUCUAGCUCCCAGGCAUCGGCAAACGGGGUUCAGCAAAAAGGCAACCUGGAAGAGGACGACUCCACACUGAGUAGUUCAGCGUGUGGAGGUAGCAUGGACUCUGCACAACCAGGACACCAGAGUUACGUGUCUUUUGCCGGUGGCUCUGCUGCCAAUAACAGCACAUUUCAUCUGGACUCCGAUGAGCCGGAGUUUCCUGGUAUUGGUCAGUACGAUGACUUUCACACAAUCGAUUGGCAGCGCGAUGUGGCUAGAGACCGCAUGCGUCACCGUUACAUCAUCAAGAAGAAAGAGGACAGCAUUUGGGAUUGGAUAAAAAGUGGUCAUGACGCCUGGUCGGGAUGGUUGUGUGUGUUCAUGGUGGGCGUCAUUGCAGGCGCUGCUGCUGGCAUGAUUGACAUUGGGACAAGCUGGAUGUCUGACCUAAGAUUUGGGAUCUGUCCCGAGGCUUUUUGGUUUAACCAGGAGCAGUGCUGUUGGUCUUCAAAUGAGACGUUCUAUGAUGGAGAUAAUUGCUCCAAUUGGUUUUCCUGGCCUGAGGUGUUUGGUCAUGCUCCAGAUGGCGCGGGAGCGUACAUCAUCUCCUACAUCUUCUACAUAAUGUGGUCAUUGUUAUUUGCCUCUUUGGCUGCAUCUCUAGUCAUGAUGUUUGCUCCAUAUGCUUGUGGCUCAGGGAUACCAGAGAUAAAGACCAUUCUGAGUGGAUUUAUCAUUCGGGGGUACCUUGGCAAAUGGACACUACUGAUCAAGUCAUUAGGCAUGAUACUUGCUGUUUCUGCCGGCCUCUCACUGGGGAAAGAGGGCCCCCUGGUGCAUGUGGCCUGUUGCAUUGGAAACAUACUGUCUUAUCUUUUCCCAAAAUACGGGAAAAACGAAGCAAAGAAACGUGAAAUUCUCUCUGCCGCUGCAGCAGUCGGCGUGUCUGUUGCUUUUGGGGCUCCCAUUGGUGGAGUAUUGUUCAGUCUGGAAGAGGCAUCAUAUUACUUCCCACUCAAAACACUGUGGCGGUCAUUCUUUGCUGCUUUGGUAGCUGCGUUUGUCCUCCGAUCCAUUAACCCGUUUGGGAAUGAGCAUCUCGUCCUGUUCUAUGUGGAAUACAGCAAACCCUGGAUAUUCAUUGAGCUGGUGCCCUUCAUUGUUCUCGGUGUAAUUGGGGGCAUCAUUGGUACUCUGUUUAUCAAGUUCAACAUAAAGUGGUGCCGGUUUCGCAAGACAUCUCUGAUGGGCCAGUAUCCCCGGCUGGAGGUGCUCAUCGUGACGCUCAUCACGGCAUUCAUAGCUUACCCCAAUCCCUAUACUCGUAUGAAUACGUCCAACCUCAUCUACCUGCUCUUUUCUCAGUGUGGGGUUGCCAACAAUGAUAGCCUCUGCUCCCCGUGGUGGCCCAUCUCAGAGCAGAUCAGGUUGAGCAAGUUCUCUCAUGACUCUUACUUCCCACAGCCAUAUGGGCUCAGUGACUACCAGCGGAACUUCACCAGUGCCAACACAGCCAUUGAAAUUGCAGCGGCUGGUCCUGGGGUCCUUCAGGCAGUGUGGCUUCUUGCUCUCGCACUGGUAUUCAAGUGCGUGGUCACGGUAUUUACGUUUGGCAUCAAGGUGCCUUGUGGUCUCUUCAUACCCUCACUGGCUAUGGGUGCCAUCAUUGGGCGGUUGGUUGGCAUUGGUAUGGAGCAGCUAGCGUA